AUGCCUUUAAUAAUACCCGCCGGUCCUAUUGUGGAGGGAACUAACAUUACAGUGAUGUGUAUAGCGAUGGGCACUCCCGUCCCGACCACAUCCCUGUUCAUCAACGGAAUACUGGUCGCAAAACUGGAUUCUCGUCACUUAGCCUUUACUCUAACUCAUGUCACGCGAAACUUGUCCUCCAUUUCCUGCUAUGCCGUGAAUGGCGAAGGAAAGGAAACCCAUUCCGCACAAUCUUCUCUCGAUGUUUAUGUCAGAUUUAAGCCAACGGCUGUCGGCAAUCCAAUCCUAAGUACAGCACCGAUCGGAGGCACCGCUCGACUCUUCUGCACAGUUUCGGGAAAUCCUCAGCCCCGAGUGUUCUGGUAUAAGCAGAAUAAUACAGAUAUCGUUCAAUUACACGCCAACAGUAAUACUAAUUUUAUAACAGUUGCCCACUCAGAGUUACAAAUGACUUACGUUUUCACACUUCUAAUCAAAUCAACGGUGAAAUCAGAUGAUGGAAAUUACAUGUGCACAACAGAGAAUGACUUUGGAAAAGCUGUGACAACACUAACCCUUGCAGUGACACCCGAAUCAGUUCAGCCUAAGAAUACGACCAGUUGUUGUGUUGAACAGGGAGUCAGUGAGGAAUGUCUCAGUGUUUGUUCAGUGGAUAUAGACAUUGAAACAGCGCUUUCAAGACCUGAAUGUUUCACUGAAUUGGAUAAAUUGAUGAGUUGUGCGGCCGAUGGAAGCGAUCACAGACAGUGUUGCCGCAGACGCCAAGUGCCCAAUGGAUGUCUUCGCUGGUGUGCGGGUCUGAGAGUCAGUAUACCUUCGCUGUGUAUUCUGUCGUCUUCUCGGGAAAUCAUAUCGUGUUUCCAAGAGGGCAGAGCUCUACUGCCCGGCCCUCCCAUCAAUGUCCGCGUCGAGCAAUUCAUUGAUGACAAUACAGUUAGAAUCGGGUGGACGGCUCCCGAGAAGAACUCGGAAUUAGUUCAAUGGUAUCGUGUCUUCUGGAGACCGAUCGGCUCACGGGAUCUAAUGAGGAACCAAACGGAGAAUCCCUGGUUUGAACUCCAGAAUCUAGAGUCGGAUAAGAUGUACGAAUUUGUGGUCAAAUCUGGCAAUCAUUACGGUCUCAGUGUCUUCACGGAUCCGCUUGUAGUGUCUCUGAGAGGCUCUUCAGUGCACUCCACAUCAUUAGGCAAUAAAUUGUUGAAAGAUUCAAAUACUAUACAGAUUAAUGACACCAGAAGUGCCGAUACUAUCGCUCAGACCAACGUUGACAGAGUGGACACCAAUCAGACAUGA